UCCACUCAUAUAACCUAAUAUCUGCACUGCAAUAUACCCGAAUAUCUUUCCAUUUGUCGCCCCAAGCCCAGGCGGUACAGGCACAGCAUGUUCUUCCCUCCCUCCCGAACUACAUUCCAGCUCACCAUAAACUAAAAACACUCUCUGUACUCCAUUUUUUCACUCCUUGAAGAUUUCCAGGGCUGGCGAAGUCAGGUGUGUGUAUCGGACAUGAAACUAUUUGUUUAAAGCCUUGCUAGAGACUGAAAUUUCUUGCAAUAAUAAUGGCUUCGAGAGCAAUCCUGCGGAGAAAGCGAUCCCUCUUUGAUUCCCUGAGGGAACCGAAUUGCCUGAUUCGGGGGGGUUUUUUGAGUUUCCAGUACGGGCGAGGACCGCCUCAAUCAAAUGACCUGCAAGAAUCGAGAUGCAUCGUCAAUCAUCCAUUCGGGAGUACUGAUAGUAGAAAUGAAAGAGGUUUGUCAUUGGUUUCCAGGGAUGGGGUGUCGAAGGUUUUAGCCACAGCAGGGUUCCUUAGGCAUAACUCUUUUGGAUAUUCAGGUUUAGGUUGUGGAAUUGGAAAUGGAGAUUUUGAUUCUUCUUUGGGCAUUAGGUGUUAUUUGCAGUCUGUAAGUUAUGCUUCAAUAGCAACUGCUGGUCAACCUGAAUAUGGCCGUGGGAAUGAUAGAAAUGAACAACUGGAUGCCAAACAGGCGAAGGAAGCUUCACCGGAGGAGUGUGAUGAAGCUGUUGAAGAUUUGACCGAGGUAAAAGCCAAGGCUAAGGCUAAGCAGGCUCAUGAAUCCCAAAAGAGCACUAAAACAGUAAUGCAGAAAGUAUGGGCGAAGCUUUUGGGGAUUGGCCCGGCUUUGAAAGCCGUCGCUGCUAUGAGCAGGGAAGACUGGGCUAAGAAGAUUCGUCAUUGGAAGGAUGAAUUGAAGUCUACAAUGCAACACUAUUGGUUGGGUACUAAACUAUUCUGGGCUGAUGUCAGGAUUAGCUCGAGGUUAUUGGUGAAACUUGCCAGUGGGAAGGGCCUUUCUAGAAGGGAAAGGCAACAACUAACACGUACUACUGCUGACAUAUUUAGGCUGGUUCCUUUUGCUGUUUUCAUCAUAGUUCCAUUCAUGGAGUUUUUGCUGCCAGUAUUCCUAAAACUAUUUCCCAACAUGUUGCCAUCAACCUUCCAGGACAAGAUGAAGGAACAGGAGGCAUUGAAAAGAAAGCUAAAUGCAAGAAUUGAAUACGCUAAGUUUCUUCAAGACACCGUGAAAGAAAUGGCAAAAGAAGUCCAGAACUCUCGAAGUGGAGAAGCAAAGCAGACAGCAGGAGAUCUGGAUGAGUUUAUGAACAAGGUUAGGACAGGUUCUCGUGUUUCCAAUGAAGAAAUUUUAGGCUUUGCCAAGUUAUUCAAUGAUGAGCUUACUUUGGAUAACAUUAGCAGGCCUCGUUUAGUAAGCAUGUGCAAGUAUAUGGGUAUCAGCCCAUAUGGAACAGAUGCAUAUCUACGUUAUAUGCUUCGGAGAAGACUGCAAGAGAUCAAGAAUGAUGAUAAGAUGAUUCAAGCUGAGGGUGUGGAGUCCCUUUCUGAAGCUGAACUUCGUCAAGCAUGUAGAGACCGGGGCUUACUUGGAUUGCUUUCUGUGGAUGAAAUGCGGCAACAGUUGCGUGACUGGCUGGAUUUAUCUCUCAAUCACUCUGUUCCAUCCUCUUUGUUGAUAUUAUCUAGAGCUUUCUCUGUUUCUGGAAAAGUUAGGCCUGAGGAAGCUGUCCAGGCUACACUGUCAUCUCUUCCGGAUGAGGUUGUGGAUACUGUUGGAGUUACAGCCUUGCCAUCUGAAGAUUUAGUUUCAGAAAGGAGAAGAAAGUUGGAGUUCCUAGAAAUGCAAGAAGAACUGAUCAAGGAGGAGGAGGAGGGGGAGGAGGAAGAGCAGGCCAAGAUGAAGGAAUCUGUUUGUAGUCAAAAGGACAUGGCUUUGGAAGAGAUGACUAUUCCAACAGCUAGAGAAGCCCAAGAACAGGCGAAAGCAAAAACAUUAGAGAAACAUGAGCAGCUUUGUGAGCUUAGUCGUGCAUUGGCUGUUUUAGCUUCUGCAUCUUCUGUAAGCAGGGAGCGAGAAGAGUUCCUGCGACUUGUCAAAAAGGAGAUAGACUUGUAUAACAAUAUGGUGGACAAAGAAGGUACAGAAGGUGAGGAAGAAACUAAGAAGGCAUACAAAGCUGCCAGAGAGGAGAGCGAUCAUGCUGCUGGAACAGAUAUCUCUGGCAAAGUUUCUUCAGCCCUGAUCGAUAGAGUAGAUGCCAUGCUUCAAAAGCUGGAAAAGGAAAUUGAUGAUGUUGAUGCUAAAAUUGGAGAUAGAUGGCGCCUGCUUGAUAGGGAUUAUGACGGUAAAGUGACUCCUGAGGAGGUUGCCUCUGCUGCUAUGUACCUCAAGGACCACUUGGGAAAGGAGGGCAUCCAAGAACUCAUAAGCAAUCUUUCCAAAGAUACAGAAGGAAAGAUCCUUGUAGAAGAUAUUGUCAGACUAGGCAGUGAAAUGGAAGAUGCUGAUGAAGUGGAGGAAGGAAAAUCAUAGAAAACAUGUACCCAAAAUUUUCGUUUCUUUUUUUCCUGCCGAACUUCCAUCUUUUCAGUUGAGUUGCUGUCCUGUUGUGCCAUGUAUUCCGUUGACUAGACACUGAGGAUGGCACCUGCAUCGGUAUCCAUGAAAUUUGAAAGCAAUGGGGAGAAAAUGGGAAAGGUAAGGAAAUGAAAGAUUCUUUGUCAACAGUAGGUAACUGAAAUGCAUAUAUCGGAUCCUCUUCAAAAUGGCAUCUGUAAAAGAAAACCAAAUAUGAGUGGACAAAUUAAUACAAUCAUGACCUUGUUUAGCA